AUGGAUGGAUGGAUGGGGGAUGGAUGGAUGAUGGAUGGAUGGAUGGAUGGACGGACGGACGGUGCUGCCCAGGGACCAUCCAGCAGGAGCCAUGGGAGCAGCAGGAGGUCUCCAGGCCCCCGUGGGGUUUGUUUGCUUCCUGAAAAGGGCUCGGGAAGGGCCAGGGCUGCCCAGGGAAGCUGAUGGAGAAGUCUCUGGGAGCAGCAUCCAUCUGUUUUGUGUGUCACCUCUGCUGGGGAGGGGGCUGGCUCUCGCAUCCAAAUCCUGGGACAAGGGCCUGGCAUUCCCAGCUGAUCCCCAGCCAGGUCUUGGAUCCCAAUCCCAUCCCGGCUUCCAGCUCUGCGCUCCGGAGUCCGGGGGUUCACGCCCCCUGCCAGUGGCUGUGGGAGCAUCCAGAGCAGCCUCUUCCCAAAUUUCCACCCGAGAGGACAGGACAGGGCCCGGACUCGGAGCCAGGCAGCUGCAGGGAAUUCCAGACAGCAGCCGGCUGCUGGGGGCCCGGCGCCCGGGCUACGGGACGCUGCAGCCGGACACGGACCCGGCCCACAUGGAGGUGACGGGCUACCAGCGCAGGACGUGGCGGGUGCUGCUGUGCCACGCGGGCUCCGUGCUGAGCGCGGGGCUGCUCCUGCUGCUCUUCCACUGGAAGCCCAGCCUGGAGGUGCAGGCCAAGUGCCAGCCCUGUGCCCUGGGCCAGGCGGACUGGGUCAUCAUCAGGCCCAUCCCUGUGUUUCAGGACCGUUUUGGGCAGUGCUUCACCACCAAGGUGCUGACGGAGCCGCUGGGCGAGGCCAGCAGCCUGGAGCAGCACCCCGGGGCCCAGCCGGAGCGCAGGAGCAGCGUGGCCGUGGCAGUGCCGGACGAGGAGGAGAGCCGUGACACCGUGCGGCUGCACGACAAGGACGAGCAGAAGAACCUCCUGAGGUAUUACCUGUUCCAGGGAAUGCGCUACGUGUGGCUGGAGCGGCGGCAGGCCUUCUGCAGAGUCAGCGUCCUGGACGAGGGCUGGACCUGCGCAGAGCUGCACCUGUGCCGGGCCGGGCUGGAGCAGCAGGAGCACGGCGCCAGGAGGAAGAUCUACGGCCCCAACCUCAUCGAGGUGCCCGUCAAGUCCUAUGCCAGGCUCCUGGUGGAGGAGGUUCUCAACCCCUUCUACCUGUUCCAAGUGCUCAGCAUGGUGCUGUGGGUGUGUGAUGCCUAUUACUACUACGCCGCCUGCAUCUUCCUCAUCUCCACCUUCUCGCUGGGGCUGUCGCUCUACGAGACGCGCAAGCAAAGCACCACGCUGCGGAACAUGGCCAGGAUGUCCAUGGGGGUCCGGGUCCGGCGGCCCGGAGGAGAGGAGCUGGUGGUCAGCUCAGCAGAGCUGGUGCCUGGGGACUGCAUCCGGCUGCCGGCGGCCGGGGCGCUGCUGCCGUGCGACGCCACGCUGCUGACGGGCGAGUGCAUGGUCAACGAGAGCCUGCUGACCGGGGAGAGCGUGCCGGUGAUGAAGACGCCGCUGCCGGCGGGCGGAGCCGCGUACUGCCCCGAGGAGCACCGGCGGCACACGCUGUUCUGCGGGACACAGGUCAUCCAGGCCAAGGCCUACGUGGGCGGGGAGGUGCUGGCCGUGGUCACCCGCACAGGGUUCUGCACAGCCAAGGGGGACCUCAUCAGCUCCAUCCUCUACCCCAAACCCGUGAGCUUCAAGUUCUACAAGGAUGCUGUGAAGUUUGUGCUGUUCCUCGCCGUCCUGGCUCUCAUCGGCACCUUGUACAGCAUCCUCAUCCUGGUUAGGAACCAGGUCCCCGUGGGACAAAUCAUCAUCCGUGCCCUGGACCUGGUCACCGUCAUCGUGCCGCCAGCGCUGCCGGCCGCCAUGACCGUGGGCACCAUCUACGCCCAGAACCGGCUGAAGAAACAGGGAAUCUUCUGCAUCAGCCCCCCGCGGAUCAACCUGUGCGGGAAGAUCCGCCUGGUGUGCUUCGACAAGACCGGGACGCUGACCCACGAGGGGCUGGACGUGUGGGGCGUGGUGCCCCUGGAGCAGCAGCGCUUCCUGCCCAUCGUGCACGAGCCCCGCUGCCUGCCCGCCGGCGCCCUGCUCUACGCCCUGGCCUCCUGCCACGCCGUGUCACCGCUGCGGGGACAGCUCGUCGGGGACCCCGUGGACAUCAAAAUGCUGGAAUCCACCGGCUGGCGCCUGGAGAUGAUGGAGGAGGAGGAGGAAGGGGAGCUCCCUGCGUUCCAGCAGUUUGAGAUGAAGGUCUUGGCCGUGGUGAAACCUCCGCCGGAGGAGGAGCAGCCUCGGGACAGGAGGCACCAGGCCCCCCUGGGGAUCCUGCGGCGUUUCCCGUUCUCCUCCUCCCUCCAGAGGAUGAGCGUCCUGGUCAAGCUGCCAGGGGAGGCCUCAGCCCACGCCUACGUCAAGGGUGCCCCUGAGAUGGUGGCCAGUCUGUGCAGGAAGGAAACUGUGCCCCCAGAUUUCUCCCAGAUGCUCCGGCACUACACCACCGACGGCUUCCGGGUCCUGGCUCUGGCCUGCAAAGCCCUGGGCACGGUGGCCACCUUCGAGGAGGCCCUGCAGCUUCCCAGGGACUCCGUGGAGAGCAGCCUGAACUUCCUGGGGUUCCUGGUCAUGAAGAACGUCCUGAAGCCGGAGUCUGCCCCGGUGAUCCAGCUGCUGAGGAGCGCCAACAUCCGCCCUGUCAUGGUGACAGGGGACAACAUGCUGACAGCCAUGAACGUGGCGCGGGGGUGCCGCAUGGUGGAGCCCAGGGAGGGCGUGAUCUUCGUCACGGCCUCGCCGCCCGGCCACGACAAACCCGCCGCCCUCAAGUUCGUCCUGGCCGAGCACUCCCAGGGCGAGGAGCAGCCCCAGGGCCUGCAGCAGCAGGAUGGCUCCUCCCUCCCACCCCGGCACUGCCACUUCGCCCUCAACGGGAAAUCCUUCCAGGUGGUCUGCGAGCACUUCUCCGAGCUGCUGCCCCGGAUCCUGCUCCGGGCCACCGUGUUUGCCCGCAUGCUGCCCGAGCAGAAGACCCAGCUGGUGUGCAGCCUGCAGGAGCUCAACUACUGCGUGGGGAUGUGCGGGGACGGUGCCAACGACUGCGGGGCGCUGCGGGCGGCCGACGUCGGCAUCUCCCUGUCCGAGGCCGAGGCGUCGGUGGCCUCGCCCUUCACCUCCCGUGUGGCCACCAUCGAGUGCGUGCCCAGGGUCAUCCGGGAGGGCCGGUGCUCCUUGGUCACCUCCUUCGGGGUCUUCAAGUACAUGGCCCUGUACAGCCUGGUCCAGUUCGUGUCCGUGCUCCUGCUCUACACUAUCAACACCAACCUGAGUGAUUUCCAGUUCCUGUUCUUCGACCUGGUGAUCACCACCACGGUGGCCGUGCUGAUGGGGCGCACGGGGCCGGCGCCGGCGCUGGGCGUGCGGCGGCCGCAGGGGGCCCUGAUCAGCGGGCUGGUGCUGGGCAGCCUCCUGCUGCAGACAGCCCUGCUCAUCACCGUGCAGGUCCUCAGCUACUUCAUCACCAUCUCACAGAGCUGGUACGUGCCCCUGAACAGCACGGUGACAGCGCCCCAGAACCUGCCCAACUACGAGAACACCGUCCUGUUCUGCGUCACCGGCUUCCAGUACCUCAUCCUGGCCGUGGCCAUGUCCAAGGGCUACCCCUUCCGGGAGCCGCUCUACACCAACGUGCUCUUCCUGCUCGUCCUCAUCCUGCUCUUCGGCCUGAUGAUCUGGCUGACCCUGUACCCGCUGGGCUUCCCCAAGUCCCUGCUGAAGCUCCAGCGCAUCGAGGAUUUCAAUUUCAAGCUGCUGCUCUUGGGCAUCGCCGCCCUCAAUUUCUUCGCUGCCUUCGUGCUGGAGACCGCCUUGGAUCACGGCUUGCUCGGCUGCUUCCGAAGGCUGCGCCGGAAAAAAGCCUCCAAGAAGCUUUUCAAGAGACUGGAGAAGGAGCUGAGCCAGCAGCAGCCCGCCUGGCCACCCCUGGACCAGCCCCUGUUUGCCACACCCAGGAUGUCCCUGGCCGUGAGAUAGCAGUGCCAGCCAUGCCUCUGCCCCUGCCCUUGGACAUUUCCUUAAUUUAUUUAUCCCGGAAAAAGCAGGGAUGUGGCAGGUGGGAUCCCUCAGCAUUGCAGAUGGGAAUCCCAUGGCCACAGUGAUCCCGUGGGCACACUGAUCCCAUGGCCACAAUGAGUCCAUGGCCACACUGAUUCCCUGGCCAUACUGAUCUCUGAUCCCAUGGCCCACUGAUCCCUUGGCCCACUGAUCUCUUGGCCAUGCUGAUCUCAUGGCCACACUGAUCCCUUGGCCAUGCUGAUCUCAUGGCCAUGCUGAUCCCAUGGCCACCCUGAUCCCAUGACCACCCUAAUCCCAUGGCCAUGUUGAUCCCACAGCCACGCUGAUCCCACAGCCACACUGAUGCCAUGGCCAUGGUGAUCCCAUGGCCAUGGUGGUCACAUGGCCACAAUGAUCCCUUGGCCACACAGAUCCCUUAGCCAUGCUGAGCCCAUGGCCACCCUGAUCCCAUGACCACCCUAAUCCCAUGGCCACACUGAUCCCACGGCCACGCUGAUCCCACAGCCACGCUGAGCCCAUGGCCAUGCUGAUCCCUUGGGCACACUGAUCCCAUGGCCACACUGAUCCCAUGGCCACACUGAGCCCGCAGCCAUGCUGAUCCCAUGUCCAUAGUGAUCACAUGGUCACACUGAGCCCGUGGCCACACUGAUCCUGUGGCCAUGCUGAUCCCAUGGCCACCCUGAUCCCAUGGCCAUGCUGAUCCCAUGGCCAUGCUGAUCCCAUGGCUAUGCUGAUCCCAUGGCCACCCUGAUCCCAUGGCCACCCUGAUCCCAUGGCCAUGCUGAUCCCAUGGCUGCAGCCCAGAGGAGCAGGAGGUGGAGGAGGAAUGGACAAGAAAAUCCAGAGGAGGAGGAGGAUCCAGCAUGGCUCUUCCUGCAGGAUUCCCCCACUCCCACACUGGCCACCAGGGCCACUUGGGCCUCUCAUGGCCUGCCCAGGCUGCCAGGAAGGAGGUCCCUGAUGUCCCCAGUGCCCCAGCUGUGUCACUGUGAAGCCCCAGUCCCCUCUAGAUGUGUAGGGAGUUUACAGUCCCCGUUCCCAGCUUGCCGAGGCUGCUGCUCCAUCCCCAGCACCUGGGCCCCUUCUGCGCUUGGAAUGCUCGGGCAGAGCACCUCUGCUUGGGGAUGGGACCUCUGUAGCAUUACAGACCCCACAAAUUCUCUAUUUUUUAACUCUUCCCCGUCGGGAAGGCAACGGCGCCGCUCGCGGGCUCCAGACGGGGCUGUCACGGGUCUUGUCCAAUAAAUUAACACUUAUUUUCUUGG